AACAAACGGACACUUCUAGCACUGGCCACCAGCAACUUUUCUGCUGCCACCUUGUGCUACCAGAUGUAACACUCAGGUCAAUUUACAUUAACAGAUUACCACAAGUUUGUUAAGGGAAAAGAUAUCAGUCGAUACAGUUCAGAUGACAUUGCUUCAAUAUUUGGAAACAAAAGAAAGAAAGCUGAUUUUUCUGCCUCGGAAGAGUCAUCAAAGGAUAACUCUGAUGUAGAAACUAUAUCAAAUGGAAUGGAGCUCCAAGAUAACAUUAAAACCUUUCACAGUGGGACAAGUGUUCAAGAUUAUUUUGCUAAGAAAAUGGCAGAAAUUUCAGAAGGAAGAAGAGGAAAAGUUGAACUCCAUUCAAAAGAAAGAGAGAUGAAUGAAAUGGGAGCAAAUAAUCCUGGAAAUGAUACUUGUAGUGAUGAACAUUUAAAUAUAUCUCUGGAAGCCAGUUAUGAUGGGUCAAUUACAUCAAACAAAGAAAAAUCAAAUGUGCAAAAGCAAAAGAAAAAAGUUAGAUUUCUAGAUAUCUAUUUGCAGGAACAAGAAAAAAAUAGUAGCUGUCAGUUAAUUCAGGAAAUACCAAAAAAAGAAAUGAAUGACAAGGACGAAACAAAGCCAGAACUUGAAACUGAUGACUAUAAAAACUAUAACUUCAGUUCCGAAGCAGGCGAUACUGUGUUACAGACUGAUUUAAUUCCUACCUCAACCACUUUAUCUGAAUUACCAAAAAAGAAGAAAAGGAAAAAGGAAACUGUUGAACCUGAGUCACCGAGAUGCCAAACGUUUAAAGAGUAUAAAGAAAGUGUGGAAAUCUCCAACGACCAUAGUUGUACGACACAAAAGAAAAAAUUAAGGGAGGUUGAUAACUUUAGUGAAAAAAUUGCAGAAAAGAAAAAGAGUAAAAAAAGAAAAGAAUCAUUUGAGAUUAAGCCACACAGAGAAAAUAUGAAUGAAAUAAACAACCUGGAUAACGUGAUAGAGAGAAGUGAAGCUAAGGAUAAUGCUGAGAUCAUGGGUGUUAAUAACACUUUGUUCAAUAAAAAGAAAAAGAAGAAGAAAAGUGAAAAAGAUGUUGAAGCAAAAUCCAACCAAAUACACACAAAUAGUAAUGAAUAUCUGUCAGUCUCCAAAACCCAGAUACCCACAUUGACAUUGGAGGAUACUGUUAAAGAUGUUGUUGGAAAUAGUUCUUAUAAUGCUAAGAAGAAUAAAAAGAGAAAAUGUAGUAAUGAAAGCUAUGAAGAUGUGGUAAAUACUGAAACUGGUGAGGUAUGUGAAAUGCCAGUUUCCUCUGGAUAUUUAUGUAGUGAAGAGAGAGAGUUUGGUGGUUUAACUCUAGAAAAACAAGGUGUAUCGACCGUUUCUCAACUUUCGGAAUCUAGAAUCAACGAACACUCUGAUGGUUUAGAGCAUGAAAGAUCAGAAGGGGUUAUUAGUAAAAAUUUUGAAUUUGAUACAAAAGUAAAUGAAAAAAAAAUUAAAACUGUUGACAAGUUAUUGAAAAUGAUAAAAAGAAAUAAGGUGCUUAAAACUACAAACUUAGUAUCAGUCAAAGGUUAUGGUAUGUGACGACAAAUUAUACAGUUUUUACUUUUCUUCUUCUUCUGUAGCUUUUCCCGUAUUUAUAUGGGGUCGCUAUUUUUGACAGCACGUUUCCACUCUCCUCGGUCUUCGUAUUCUUCCCCAACAAGGCCUUUCUCUCUAAUAUCUCCAUCCACGCAAUCCUUCCAUCUUCUCCUUGGUCUUCCUCUCUUCCUUCUCCCCUCCACCUCCAUAUCCAAAGCCCUCUUGCCUAUAUAAUCAUCUUCCCAGUUUUUACUAUCUACCAGCUAAUUAUUAACCUGUAAACAUUUUGUAUCAUAAUAUUUUCAAUGUAAGUGGUUUAAAACCAUUAUAUAUUAGUCCAUGUGUAUUUUUUUUAUAAUACAAUGUGUUUAGAAUUUUACCUAAUCUUUGAAAAUAUGAUGCUUCUGAUUUGAUUAAGUUCCAUGGCUUGUUAAAGUAAUUCUUUUUUGCAUUACUGUUUUACUUAUCUUGACAAAAGUUGAAACAGUUAGUCUUUAUAGAAUGUUGGUCUGAUUGGUGCAUUCAGUAUCCAAAAUCUGAGUUUGGUUCUAGGAACUGAAAUCACUGUAUACUGCAGUUAUUUAUUUUUCACAACUUAAAAAUGUAAUAGUGACAAAAUUUGAAAAAAUAGUGAGUAAUAUAUGCUGAUUAUUGGUCCAUUUUGUGAAACUUUACAUUUGAGAAAAACGUAAUUCUUUGUUGUUGUUUUUCCAAGUAAAAUGUGAAAAAAAGGAAGGGUUCCUAUAAGUUUAGAAUUGGGUCCAAGUUUCAAUGAAACUGUAUGGAUAUAAAUUUGAAAUUAUGUAUUGGAUAAUUACAAUAUUUAAGUUCACCCUAAAAUAUCUAAACAUUUAAAGUUAAACAUGAAUACACUCUGACUGUAAAACUACCAAAAUUAAAAUAGUGAAGUUUAUCA